UGCUUCUUCUGAAGGGAGCGCUGCUUCAGCGUGUACUCGACACUUUUUUUUCCUGUUAGAUUCUUAAUCCUCGUAGCUUACAAAUGAAAAUAAAUCUUGUGUAACAUCUGUAGCGAAUUUCUCAUGUGCCAGCCUGAGUAGUAGAUGUUUUUGACGGCAUUUUUAAGAUGAAUGCACUGAAUCCAUGAAGACUUGUUUACCUUAAAGGAAUAAAAGUAUCUGACCACACACAGUCAUUGUGAGGAGGAUAAUGAUCAUAUGGAUAUUAUUGCUCUCGCUGUUCUGCGAGAGCACACAAGACGGAAAUGGAAAAGAAAAUGGUGUCUUGCAUUGUGAACCACAGAAUAUGAGGCUUACCACCCCUGACCAGAAGAUCCUGUUAACAUGGGAAGACGACCCUUCAUGCUUAGCAGUACAUGACGUGUUGAUGUAUGAGGUGGUGGUACUCAUAGCAGACCAGCAAGUACAUAAUGAUACAGUUGCUGUGACACCUGACCAAAUAGGAUCUACUCAUUCCUGGAACUGGAAGCCUCAUUUGCCAUUGGAGUGUGCUUCCCAUUCAGUCCGGCUCAGCUCCCGUUACAAAAACCGUACAAGCCCAUGGAAACAGGAACAGACUCAUCCAGGGAUAGGUAACCCCAAAACACCAGAGGUUUUUCCACGGGACAGAGUGUUUAAGGUUGGCAGUAGAGCAACCUUCUGCUGCGUUGUGCCGGUGGGGGAUACUUUUGACAGAAUGGAUAUAAGUCGGUAUUCUGGUACUUAUAUGAACACUACCAAGAUCAGCAAUCAGACGUAUGCCUUGACUAUCAACCUGGACCAAGCAUCAAACACAUAUUGCACUGAUGUAAAAUGUCAUACAAAGACACAAGAGAAUGGGGCUUGUGCUUAUAUUGGCUACCCACCUGAUGACAGCAAUCUUCUCUGUGAAACCCGGGAUCUGCAAUCAGUUGAAUGCCUGUGGACAGUGGGAAAUGACACACGCGUCAAGAAUAAAACAGAAUAUCAUCUACUUGGAAGAGAAUGUAAUGAUACGUCUGAGGGGAAAUGCUCACAAGAAGUGCAAGUGAGAGCUGGUGAGCAGAACUGGACUUUAACAGCACAAAAUAGUCUUGGCACAGUGGAGCUCACAGACAGGGCAGACCUCACUAAAAGAGUGCACAUGUUUGCCCCAUUGGAAGUGACAGCUUCAGCUGUGAAUGCCAGAAAUGUCAGCCUGGAGUGGGGGUGGAAGGCGCAACAGUACAAUAAUCUCAAUAUAACAUGCCAAGUAAACGUUAGCAACGGUGAAAUAAAUAGCAUAAGCGAAAACUUUGGAGUUGGCCUUAAUUUUACAGUUUUGGAUGACUUGAUACCAGAUUGGGCAUACACAGUAAUGGUACGAUGUGGAACAACUCACUAUUUCUGGAAAUGGAGUGAGUGGAGCUCAAGUAUCCAGUUCCACACAAAGGGUGAUGUUCCAGAUGCUCUUGAUGUGUGGAUGCAGAUGAAGGAUAACCAACUAACAAUCAUUUGGAAAAUGCUACAGGCCAACCAGAGCCAUGGACACAUCAUAGAUCAUGAAGUGACAUGGGCACACACCAAUACCCCAGAGAGACAAAAUAGAACUAAAGUGGCUCACCCCAAAGACAGUCUUGCACUCAGUCUGAACACCACAGAAGAGUAUAUCAUCAGCGUUACAGCUAGGAAUAUAAAUGGCAGCUCUUCCCCAUCAACCAUCACCACUUCAAUACAUCACAGCUUCAAUUCAGCAAACGGAGUGAUCCCUUCUAGGAUCCUUGGCAGCAACGGUGGCUUCAACCUGUCCUGGUCUGCCAGUCCUAUAGCCAGCUGUGGCUACAUAGUGGACUGGUGUCCUGCCCUAGGAGAGAGCAGAGUGGAGUGGGUCAAAGUGCCUCCCAGUGAAACUAAUGCCAGUAUAUUUUCAGAAAACUUCAAAGACGGAUUGCGUUACUUGUUGUCCAUAUAUGCCUGCACCCAGGGAGCUCCAGUGCUGCUAGAAAGAAGAGAGGGCUAUGUCAGAGAGAAAAGAAUACAAGACGGCCUGUUUGAAACAUUGACAAUGGAACAGCAGGAUUCAGAUGUUGUGGUAUCCUGGCAUCCUAUAUCUCUCAGAAAACAGACUGCUUUCAUCAAAGGAUAUAUUCUGUAUGCUUUGGACAACAACAACAACAGCAUUGUCAUCAAUGUCAGCAAAGAAGAUCCUGAGACUACCAGCCUGACAGCAAGAAAUCUUAAAAUCAGUACCUACACAUUCACAGUGAAGGCACAGACAGCGGUUGGAGAAUGUGGCACUUCAUUCAUUUCUGCCACCUUGAAUUCACCAACUGAUUACUUGAUUACGGCGGUCUUCAUAUCCUUGGUCACAGUUUUUGGUCUCCUUUCCCUUACCACUAUACUUUGCUACAGACACUGGACAUGUAUCAAACACAAUGUCUACCCUCCAAUCCCAAAGCCAGUGCUGACGGACAAGUGGUUGUCGUCACCGGGUGAACAUAGUUGUCGUCCUCUUCGCGUGGAUUUGUGUCAGCACAGUGAAGCACUUAUCACGGAUGUUCCAGAGCUGCAUCGUAAAUCAGUUGCACCAGGGAAUGAUUACAUCAGCCAGGACAAAACACCUUGUGUUUUUACACAAACUCAAAUGGGUUACUACAACCAGCCCCUGAAAAAAAACACCCCACCACCCAUCAUUUUACCCACUGCCAUUCCGUCAGGUUUACCAUCUUCCCCAUUCAAACGUCUAUUUCCUAACCCUUCAUAUGACCUGAUAAUGCAGACUGGGGAUCAGCAGUCCAACUCAGGACCGGAUUUUCAUAAGGGGACACCUUUAGAGAGAUGCUCCAGUGGAUACCAGCCUCAGAGUCUCAUAAACCAGCCAGAAGAGGAUCCAGACAGUCCUCUGUCCUGUGUCUUCACUUACAUUUUGUUACCUAAUUCAUCUUAAUAGUUGCUGCAUGUACACCCUAUAAAGUAUGUCAUAAAUAUGAAGGCAAAUAUGAUAAUGCUGCCAGAAACAGAAAUUUAAUGUGAAUUUAGUGAAAUAAAUAAUAUAUAUUA